GUGGCGGCAGUUCGCCAUCUUGUAUUUGGCGGUGCCGGUAUUCGGGCGAGGCAGUGGUAGUACGCCGUCGACGUUUUGGGAACGUGAACAGCGAGGCAUUUGAAGCCGUGACACGGGCUAGCGAAGAUGGCGACGAGGAGCGUCCGCAAGACCGUUGUCACCACCACGACGUCGUCUCACAGCGCAUCGACGUCCCAGGACCGCGGCGACAACGAGGAGAACCCGGCGGCCGGGUUUCAGACUCCGCAGGACGGUGGGCGCGGGCGGCACGACCGGCGUUCGCGCUCGCCGUUGAGUCAGUCUCGUUUCACCCGGAUCCAGGAGAAGAAUGAGCUGGCAAACCUCAACGACCGGCUCGCUGCGUACAUCGACAGAGUGCGCGAGUUGGAAACCGAGAAUAGCAGACUCACGAAGCAGAUCGAGACGAGCCAGGAGACGCGCACUCGCGAAGUGACCAGCGUCAAGAAUCUGUACGAAAGAGAACUGGCCGAGGCCCGGAGGGCUGUCGACGAUACAGCCAACGAAAGAGCCAAGCUUCAGCUGGAAGCGAAGAAAUGGCAGGCCGACGCCGAAGCUUUGCAGGCCAAGCUGAACAAGAGGGAGCGUGAGUGGUCCACAGCAGAGCGGCGUGCGACAACAUUGGAGUCUCAGGUUGUCGACCUGCAAGGACGCCUGAACCAGGCUUUGACGCAGCUUAAGGAUGCUGAGAAUGAGCGGGAUGCCCUGGCAAAAGAACUCGAGCGCGUGAAGAAGGAGCUGCAAGAUCAGAUCCUGCGUAGCACAGACCUCAGCAACCGAGCCAAGACACUGAAUGAGCAGCUGGACUUCCAGAAGUCCCUUUAUGAGAAGGAACUGGAAGAAGUGCGUGUUGUGAAGCAGACCGAGAUCACAGAAAUCGAUGGACGGCUGAAGGAGAACUAUGAGCGCAAACUGGCCGACACACUGCAGGAGCUUCGUGAGCAGUAUGAAUCGCAGAUGCAGCUGAACCGGGAAGAAAUGCAGAGCAUCUAUGAGACCAAGAUGCGUGACCUGCAGGAACUGCUGGACCGACGCUCUUCAGACUCUUCCGUGACACGUGAUGAGUUGCACACCUACAAGACUCGCCUGGACGGUGUCAACUCUCGCAUUGCUGAGCUCGAAUCUCUGAACCAGUCUCUGUCAUCCCGUGUGCGGGACUUGGAGCGACUGUUGGAGCAAGAGCGUGACUGGAACACCCGAGCACUGUCGGCAAAGGAUGAAGAGAUCCACCGGCUGCGUGCGGAGAUGGAGCAGCAACUGAGAGAGUACCAGGACCUGCUGGACAUUAAGGUGGCACUCGACCUCGAGAUUGCCGCCUACCGCAAGCUGCUUGAGGGAGAGGAGACGCGCCUCAACAUCACUCCAUCAUCCAGCCCUACCAGCUCGGAAAUGUUUGUGACGCCUCACCGUGGCACCAAACGGAAGCGCACUUUCAUGUCCCACCGUGAGGAACAGAGCAACUCCGAUGCUCAGGUGACUGCAUCCGCAAAGGGAGACCUUGAAAUUUCUGAUCACUGCAUUGAUGGAAGAUACGUCACCAUCCACAACAAAGGAACGAAGGAGGUGCCCUUGGCCGGUUGGCAGGUUCACAGCAAAGCGGGCAAUGACGAGUUCACAUUCAAAUUCCACCGCACCCACGCGAUCAAGCCAGGAGCCUCAAUCACCAUUUGGAGUCCUGAAUGUGGAGUCACACACAACCCUCCCAGUGACUUGGUCAUGCGCACCACCAAGUGGCCCAAGGGUGAGCAGAAGCGCACAGCACUCCUCAGUUCGGAAGGCCAGGAAGUUGCAACGAGGGAGAGUCGUCGCCGUCAGUUCAGCCGGCUGUCUGAACGCAGCUCGGGCAUUGGCGGUGCCUCUGGUUUCCGCACCGAGCACAUCUUCCAUGACAAUGUGGACCCAAAUGAUCCAAAUCGGUGCAGCAUUAUGUGAGCUGAACUCUCAAGAGUACCGUCACCAACCACCGCACCAGACAACUGGACAUGUGCCAUCGAUAUUCAUCACCGCUGUUGCUUUCUACUGCUCUACAGUCUUGCCCGUCUGUGUGCAAUCACGGAUGGCAAAAGUGUGUGCCCCAUUUCAUUUUCAUGUUCGCCUUAUUUCUUUCAACAUAUGUCUUUUAUUAAAUUUAAACCUGUUUUAAUGGUAUCGAUUCAAUUUGGUUAGAAUAAACACACGGCAAAAACUUGAGAUGCUUAUACUCCAUCUGCAUACGAAUAUUUGUUCUACGCUCCUAUUUGGAAAUUUAUCUGAUAAUGUAAGCCUGGACAAUCUUUUUUUUUUUUCCUCACCACAUAUCCUUCAGAUUCCCUCUUUCUAUUGUCGUAUACACAUCAUGCAAUUAGGCCACUUAUUAAGAACCUUUCUUUUCUUUGCUACGCACUUGCAUUAUCCUUCGUCACCAAUAUUUUUGUGCUACCAAUCACCAAUUUUUUUGUGCUACCAAAAAAAAAAGAUACAUAUAAAAUAUAAUUUUCCUUUUUUACAUUUUGCAUAUUCAGUGAUUAUUGUAUUCGUAGAACAAAGUAGAACCUAUAUUAGAGCAUUAUUGAAGCAUGUUUUUUUUGUGUGUGUGUUUAUUAACUCUGGCAUUCAAGUGCUACAGUUAAUGUUGUGUCGUUCUUGCUCUGUGAACGUCUUACGCUGUUUAAAAGUUUGUUGCACUAGCUUUUCCUUGUCCUGUUGACACUGUCCAGUUUCAUUUUAAUUGUCUUUGUUUAUGCGAACUUCAGGGUGACCACUUAUGACAAGAUUUUGACCUGUUGCUGUCUUAGAGUUGCCUGCAAAAGUUCUGUUAUUGGAGUUGCAAAUAAAUUGAGGCAUCUUCCGGAAGUCCUAAUUGCUGUUAGUAGAAAGCAAUCACUGCGCUUUUUUUGGUGCAAGGUAGCCUAAAUUCAGGCGAGAAUUUUGGGGCGAUCUUCCUUAGUCAUUAUAAGUCUCUCAAACGUGAAAAUGUAUUACAAAUGUCACGCAUAUUCACCCGAGCCCGAUGAAAAUGAUUGGUUUGCUUUACAAGUUUUUGACAUCCCACACUCCAAAUUUGGCCUUGUUUUCAGGGACCUAUUCACCUUUUAACUCAAAGUUGCCUCGGCAUUCUAGUGAACUUGCCUCUAUUGGUGCUUGUUUUUCCUCUCCAAAGAUCCUCUCAACAUGGUACAUUCACUUUGUGCUAAUGUUUCUAAUAUACAGUUUGUGUUUCCAUGUUACACCAUGCAUAAGAGUUCGUGGUAAGAUUUGAUGCCAUUGAAUGAUAUGCUGGUUCAUUGCAUGGAGUAAACUGGCAACUCUAGUUGUCAAUGUACCUUACCUUAAUAGGUUCGGUUGCUGUUCAGUGGAGCAUGUUUACCUGGAAUGCCGGUGGAAAGUAGAAGAGUGAGAAUAAAUGUACACUUCUGUCGUGUCGUUUGGUUUAAGGGGGUAUGGUAGGGGAGGGUAAAUGGGUCGCCUUCACUUAGUGAAAUUUUUACCUUGUUUAAAAGGUUUAGGUUCAGACUAUUUGCAUGGUAUAAUCUGAGAAAAUUUCAGCGUUAUCAGUCUGAUACAACAAAUCUUGGAAAAUUUUCAGAGAACUGAUCAUGAGAAGAACGCACUUGUAUGUUUAAAACCACGCGCUGAAAAUGCUCACAACAGAAACAAAUGACUACGCUACAAAAGCAUUCCUGACGGGAAAAUUGCAAUAAAAAAUUAUGAAAAUGGUAGGAAAUGAAUAUAUUUAAUCAAUCUAGCCAUAUUUAUUAUCUAAAAUACAUACGUGCAGAAACAAUGCUGGGAAAAGUGAACAAACCAUCACAUUCGUCAGGAGGCGCAAUUUCUGGAGGCAUUUUUAAAUGGCUUUGAGUGCUCCUGUGUGCUCGUAACUGCAUGAUUUUGCUCCUCGGAGUGCUUUUUAGUAAUGAAAUUUAAAAAAAAACAAUUUUUUUUAUCUAUUUACCCUACCAUACCUCCUUAACUAGAAUUUCGUGUCAUUUUGCACAUACCAGGAAGAGCACUCACUGGCAACCCAUAACCAUGUCGCUGUUGGUCACAAUUAUAUAGUGUUGAAAACUUGCACUUGGCUUCAACAUAAACAAUGCAUAAUCUUCAUUAUUUGAAAUGCACACAUAAAAAAAAUUGUGUAAUUUCAUUGUUAAUUGCACCACUUUAAUUACCUGACAGAAGCGACCUCGUUGGACAACUGCAUUCAGGUUGUGUGUAGCUCUACUGUGUGCAGCAUAACAGUCUGCAGUGUCGCUUACAUUUUCGUUUAUGAAUACAUGAACUGCAGCGCAGUUCUUGCAUUCACUUUGUCUCCACUUCCAUUCGGUAUGAGGUCACCUUGAACACUGCUUGAUCUUCAUUGUCACUUUAUUCACGUCAUAUGGUUUGAAUAAAGUCACUCAGUCAUACAGGUUAGCACAGACAUUGGCACCUUACGCUCUGAUAAUGGCAGCAGUACUUUUAAUUUUUGCACGUGAACAUGGCAGUGUUGUUGUCACCUUCUUCUGGUGCACCAUAGUUUGUCUUUAUGCUUUCAUACUUGUAACUACAUAAAAGUUCCAAGGCAUUUAUGUGUUGUGCUUAUGAUGUAGCAGGGUGCUUUACAUUCACGUGGGUGUGAUCUGAACACCACUGCUCUGCAAUUGUUUAAAAAUAUACUAAGAUAUAACAAGAAAUGGCAUCCUGUUGAAUUACUGUUGGGUAUUGCAUAGAAAGAAUUCAUAUUUGCCAGAUGCUAACGGACUUUGUGCACUUGCAUAUACUUCGACUUGAUGGUAGGUCGUUAGAGGUUUCUCUUGCUGCUACUGAAGUUACUGGGCAGAGCUUAUAAAUUGUUGCUUCGUGGCUUUGCCUUUCUUCCAGUUGGUAUAGCUGAGAACUCGUCCAUGGAAAGUGCAUGCUGAAUGCCUGUAGGUGCCGAGUUUGCUGUUACCAAAAGGGCCGAUUUGUUGUGCGCUGACAAGUCUACUGUUUGUAAUUGCUGCAGCAUCCCCAUUCUGUGCAUGUCACUUGAGGCUGGUUGUUUAAACAAGCCAAUUAAACUUUGAGCUUAUAGAUUGUGUCUGCGUUAAGCUGUUUUGAUAGAAAUGAAAGAAGUUUGUGCUUCGAACUUUGCCGGAAGAGCUGACAAAUGGAAACUAUGCUUUUUGAAAGGCUGCAUAGAUGCCUGCUACGUAUGUUGCAUCGCAGCAAAUCACGUGCAACUUCUUUAAAUCAAACGCUGUUUUAUGUUAACUAGUUGUCGGGACGUCUUUUUCAGAUGUAUGUUGUAGGUGCUUGUGACGAUAUUUGUGUUAUCUGUUGUUUGUUUAUGUUGGGUAGCAUUUCUUUGAAGAAAGCUAAACCUACAGUGCCAGUGACCACUGCCAUGCUUCACACCAGAGUGCACUCUGUUAGCAAGCUGCAUACCACCCAUUAGAUCUAUAACUUUGCACACAUCACCGCUAUUGGUCAUCUUCAGCAGAUGCCCGUGCAGUGUUGAGUGCUUUCACACUGCUUACAAGAAAAGUGCCUAGCUGUAUAUCCGUCGAGUAGAUAGUUAAGAGAUUGGUGCAACUGUUUUUCUCUUCUUUUUUCCCCCCCUCUUUGUUGGGAAGAAUAAGUGAUUUAAGCUUUGCAUGACUUACUGCUUUGCUCUCCCCACUGCUUUUUGAUUUAGCAUUUCCCACUGCCACAUUUGUGUUCUUUGUACAAUGGUGCAAGAUCACUUUAUUGUGUUUUAUCUCAGUGGUGUCAUACACGCACAUAAAAAGUGAGCAGUGAUUUAGAUAUAUACCUUGUUUGGCUUUGGCUUCUGAAAUAUAUAUUGCAUGUCCAUUCAUUUUUGAAGAUUUCUUGUGUGGCUGUGGCUCUGCAUUCUUGUGGUGUACAAACAAAUGAUUAAAGUUGAAUCUAUUUGUA